AUGAGUUCGCCGUGGAAAGAAGAACAAGAAGCGACGUCUUCCAGCAGCAUACCUCCGACCCCCGAAGCAUUCGCCGAAGACGUCCGAUUAUUCAAUCGCUCCCCCCAUCCAUACCACAGAAGCCAACGCCUCGGAUCAUGUACUCCCUCCGAGCAUGGCGACCGUCUCCACCCGCUCUCCUCAUACUCCAAAUCCUCGAGAACAACCAGCGACAGUGGCACAGAGGCAGAUGAUGAAAGCACAGGGAUCCUAAGGGGAUUACCUGCUCCGCCACCCCGUCCUCGAAAAGGCCUGCGAUCUGGCGGAGUUGGUUCCACCGACGUUGAUCCCUGGCUGCCUAGCUUGCAACCGUGGCCGUUAUUUGUGCGACCUAUGUUGCGAUCCUCGCGGCGGAGCUCGGAAGAGGAACUCGAGGAAGAGGCUUUCGAGGAGAGAUUGAGGUUUAGACGCCAGAGACGCGUGGAGAUCCUCCGGCGGUUGUUGGAGGCCGCGCUUCUGCUGUCUGUGGGUGGUGUGGUCUUGUACCAAGACGGGGCGCGCUCUUUAGCUUGGGAAUGGCGAAAGGAGAUUGCUACUCAUGGUCUCGUGGUCUCGGGUCUCUAUGCCGCCUAUCCGCUCAUGGUUCGUGCAUCCCAGGGCCGAAGCUGGCGCAUCUGGCGCAUCUGGACCAGGCGGAAAUACUUCUCAAUACCCUCGAGCUUCGAUCCGGCUCCUCUUCUCUAUCCGAUUCUUAUCCCUAUCUUCGUUUCGUUGUCGCUGUCAAACCAUCUUCCGCCACUUAUCAUGCCUAAUAUCAUCCUCAGCCUGUCCUCUUUACCAACGCCUGUUAUACCAUUCCAGAACCGCACCAAUGGAUUCAAUACUGUCCAUUGGAUGAUCUCUAUGAUUCCAAUUAUCGUUGCUGAGCAUUUCUCCUUGGACCAUUCAGUGCCCAAACCAUUGACGCUUCGCGGGCUCGACGCGGAAUUCCUAAUCCUUCUUUUCCCUUUGCAUCAAGCGUUGAUACCCACUUUAGACUUUUUGUUGACGACCAGCAUUCUUCCCGCUGAGCUACAGCUUUUGACAACUGCUUUAAUCAACUUGUACUUGUUUGCGGCCUCUCCCCAGAUGGAGAUUCUCAAAGCCUUAUUAUGGCUUGGCGCCAGAAUCCCUAGCUGGAAAUUCCGCCGCGCCCCGCAUGGCUCGCAUUUUUUCCGCAAAUUCUUGAAUAUGCUGGACCAUCGACUUUGUGAGAAGUUGAGUAGAGCGGGACACGUUCCAUCGGACGAAGCAUCGUCCGAUAGUGAUGGGCCCAAUGGGUUCCCGUUUUCAAAGCCGCGCAAGACGAAGACCAUGCGGCAUAAUCGCUCUUCCCACCCGCCAGCACAGCCGGCAUCUGCAGUUGACAAGAUCACGACGGAAGAGAUAUUCCAGCAACAUGCUCGCAAGGUGCACCGCCGGCGCCAUACUAUAUCCACAUUCGAGGAAGUUCUCCGAGAGGAGCGCGUUCGCACUACCCCAGGUGGCAGACGUAAGAAAAUGAUGGGUCCUGGUCUGGCCUCCUUCCUCUCUCUCACUUCAGCCCAGGCGCAGGUCCGCAAAUGGCUGUACGCCUUUUACAUCUAUGUUCUAUGCCUGAUCAUCAUUCUUGGACCUAUCCGAAAGUACGUAGCAGAACGCGCGUUGCAAGGCCAGGAUCCGUUUGGCUGGGCUGUAGGCUACUUGUUUGGGAAUUUCUCCAAGAUUCGCUUUUGGGUCCUUAUUUUGAACCUUGAGUACUGGAUUGAACUGCCACCUCGCCCAGAUGACGAUAUUUUGAGUGCCUCCUGCUUCCUCGGAUCGAUCGAACAUAUUCGCCAGUUUACUUUUGGGGCCGCCAUCACUCGUCUACUAAUCAGUGGCUACUGCGCGUUGGUACUACUGACAGGCCUGGCUAUCGUGGUUAAACUCAGCUCUGUCGCUGAGGUUGAUACGCGCCGCAAGAUUUUCCACGGUAUGAUGGUGGUGAUGUUCCUUCCUUCUAUAUUUGUGGAUCCAGCCUUCUGCGCCAUGGCGCUGGCCUUAGUUCUUUCCAUUUUCCUCCUAUUGGACCUGUUCCGCGCCUCUCAAUUACCUCCAAUUUCACGGCCGCUCACAUAUUUCCUGGCCCCGUAUGUUGAUGGUCGUGAUCACCGUGGGCCAGUUAUCAUCUCACAUAUCUUCUUAUUAAUUGGAUGUUCGAUACCUCUUUGGCUGUCACUUUCUGAUCUUCCUCGGACUGGCCUAGGCCCCUGGGCCGGUUGGGAAAUUUCCUCACGAGAUGUGAGCAUGGCCAGCGGAGUUAUCUGUGUUGGCAUGGGCGAUGCGGCCGCAUCCCUUGUUGGACGAAGGUACGGUCGAGUGAAAUGGUUCUGGGGUGGCGGCAAAUCACUUGAAGGCAGCAUCGCUUUCGUCGCAGCAGUGACCUGCGGGCUGAUCGCAGUUCGUGUCUGGCUGGUGCUCGGUGGUUGGCCCGUGUCCGGGGUCGAAUCAGUCGAAGGUGCAGCUUUGUCCACCCACUUCUGGGCCUGGACUUUACUCAAGGCGGUUCUGGCGGCUGCCGGAACCAGCGCCACCGAGGCGAUCCUCACUGGCUGUAAUGACAACGUCGUGGUCCCAGUGGUGCUAUGGUUGCUGGUGCGGGGUCUAGGCGUUUGA